GCGCCCCGCCCCGGCCCCUCCCCGAGAGGCGGAGCUGUCGCUGCUGCUGCUGCUCGGCGCGGGGCGGGCGAACGAGAGCGGCUCGCAUGGAGGCGGCUUGACAGGCGGGCGAGCGGUGGCGGAGGAGGAGGAGGAGGAGGCGGCGGCGGCGGCGGGGGGCGGCUAGCUGCAGCGGAGGGAGGAUGCCGCUGGCUCCCCCGGCGGGGCUCUGGUGAGGUCUGGCGCGGUGGGGGCGGCGAGGAGGGGGCGGCCGCGGCGCCGCCGCCUGGGGGGAGCGGGCCGGCGGCGGCAUCCCCCUGAUCCGGGAGGAGGACGAGGACGAGGAGGAGGAGGAGGCGGCGGCCGAGGGGCGAGCGAUGGACGAGGCCGCCGUGCCGGCGAACGAGGAGCAGCCUCCCCCGCCGCCGCUGCCGCUCCUGCCGCCGCCGCCGCUGAGCCUGCAGAAAGCGCUGCAGCAGUGCGAGCUGGUGCAGAACAUGAUCGACAUCAGCAUCUCCAACCUGGAGGGGCUGCGCACCAAAUGCGCCACGUCCAACGACCUCACGCAGAAGGAGAUCCGCACCUUGGAGAGCAAGCUGGUCAAGUACUUCAGCCGCCAGCUCUCCUGCAAGAGGAAAGUGGCCCUGCAGGAACGCAAUGCCAAGCUGGAGGGCUUCCCGCAACUCCUGCACUGGUUCCGCAUCGUCAACAUCCGCAAGGAGGUCAUGGAGGAAAUCAUUCCUGGCCAGCUGAACCUGGAAGAUCUUCUGGAAAUGACAGACGAGCAGGUCUGUGAGACGGUGCAGAAGUUUGGGGCCAACAGAGAGGAGUGUGCCCGCCUCAACGCCUCCCUGUCCUGCCUGAGGAAUGUCCAUAAAUCAGGAGGGAGCCUUUCCAAACAAGACUGGACCAUCCAGUGGCCAAUGACUGAGACCAGCAAGGAGAACAACACUGCGUGCCAAUCAGAAUCCAUGCAAUGGAUUCGAACUCACCUUUCUCCGAGCCCUAAAGCUCAGUCCAAAUGCAUUCAGCAUUACUGCCACCCGGGCUUCUCUCAUGGACCACCGUACACCCACGUGGACAGGCUGACAGUGGAAGGCUUUCCGGGACUGUGUCCGCCUCUGGAAUCGGGCCACCGCUCCUUGCCACCAUCCCCAAGACAGCGGCACGCUGCCCAUACGCCACCACGCACCCCUAAUAUAGUCACCACAAUGACUCCGCCUGGCACUCCACCAAUCAGGAGGCGAAACAAGGUGAAACCUCCAGGCACUCCGCCCCCAUCUUCCCGCAAACUGAUCCAUCUUUUCCCCGGUUUCACGGCAUUACAUCGCAGCAAGUCUCAUGAGUUCCAGCUGGGAAAUCGAGUGGACGAGGCUCACACACCCAAAGCAAAGAAAAAGAACAAACCCUUGAACCUCAAGAUCCACAACAGCGUGGGGAGCUGCGAGAACAUCCCUGCCCAGCGCUCCCCCCUCCUCUCUGAACGGUCCCUGCGGUCUUUCUUUGUCGGACACCCACCUUUCCUUCCUUCCACCCCUCCUGUCCAUACUGAUGGCACAUUCUCCACAAACACACUCUCAGUACCUCGCUGGUCCCCACAAAUUCCUCGACGAGAUCUUGGAAACUCAAUUAAACAUAGGUUUUCCACCAAGUAUUGGAUGUCUCAGACAUGCACCGUCUGUGGGAAAGGGAUGUUGUUUGGGCUGAAAUGUAAAAACUGCAAGCUAAAGUGCCACAACAAAUGUACCAAAGAGGCCCCACCGUGUCACCUCCUGAUCAUCCACCGUGGAGCAAGACUAGUCCGGACAGAAUCUGUGCCAUGUGAUAUCAACAACCCAUUGCGGAAGCCUCCCAGAUACUCAGACCUUCACAUCAGCCAGACCCUUCCCAAAACCAACAAAAUCAACAAGGACCACAUUCCAGUGCCCUACCAGCCUGACUCCAGCAGCAAUCCCUCAUCAACAACGUCAUCUACGCCUUCCUCACCAGCUCCUCCUCUGCCACCCAGCGCCACACCGCCUUCUCCCUUGCAUCCCUCCCCACAAUGCACACGGCAACAGAAGCAGUUCAACUUGCCAGCUUCCCAUUAUUACAAGUACAAGCAACAGUUCAUCUUCCCAGAUGUUGUCCCUGAGACUCCCACCAGAGCACCCCAAGUUAUCCUUCAUCCAGUGAAUUCUAACCCAAUCCUGGAAGGAAAUCCAUUACUUCAAAUUGAAGUGGAGCCAACCUCUGAGAAUGAAGAGGCACACGAAGAAGAAUCAGAAGAUGAUUUUGAGGAGAUGAACCUCUCACUGCUUUCAGCCCGCAAUUUUCCACGCAAGGCCAGCCAAACCAGCAUUUUCCUGCAAGAGUGGGACAUCCCUUUUGAACAAUUGGAAAUUGGUGAAUUGAUUGGCAACGGCCGCUUUGGGCAAGUGUUCCAUGGCCGCUGGCACGGCGAGGUGGCCAUUCGCCUCAUUGACAUUGAGAGGGACAAUGAGGACCAGCUGAAGGCCUUCAAGCGGGAAGUGAUGGCCUACCGGCAGACGCGGCAUGAGAACGUGGUGCUGUUCAUGGGCGCUUGCAUGAGUCCUCCCCACCUUGCCAUCAUCACCAGCUUGUGCAAAGGACGGACGCUCUAUUCAGUGGUGAGAGAUGCCAAAGUUGUCCUGGACGUCAACAAAACAAGGCAGAUUGCUCAAGAGAUUGUAAAGGGCAUGGGUUACCUUCACGCAAAGGGGAUUCUCCACAAAGAUCUCAAGUCCAAAAAUGUGUUCUAUGACAAUGGGAAGGUGGUGAUCACAGACUUUGGCCUCUUCAGCAUAUCAGGAGUUCUGCAAGCAGGCAGGAGGGAGAAUAAACUGCGAAUCCAGAAUGGUUGGCUGUGCCAUCUGGCCCCAGAAAUCAUCCACCAGCUCUCGCCUGACACGGAAGAAGACAAGUUGCCUUUCUCUAAGCACUCAGAUGUCUUUGCGUUUGGCACCAUCUGGUAUGAGCUGCACGCUCGGGAAUGGCCUUUUAAGAACCAACCUGCCGAGGCAAUAAUUUGGCAAGUGGGCCGAGGGAUGAAGCCGAACCUCAGCCAAAUUGGCAUGGGGAAGGAAAUCUCGGACAUUCUUCUCUUUUGCUGGGCCUAUGAGCAGGAAGAACGGCCGACCUUCACCAAGCUCAUGGAGAUGCUGGAGAAACUGCCAAAGCGGAACCGUCGGCUGUCCCACCCUGGCCACUUCUGGAAGUCAGCAGAGUAAGGCAACCCCUGCCUAUCAUACCACAUUUUGCUCAUCUUGAAAUACGUUGUUUUUUACUUGAUGUGAAAUGUUUGGGAGUAGUUCUGUGAAAGUCCUCUUGUGUUACGCAUUUAUUAACAUUAUAUUACCCUGUACAUUGCUCAGAUAUGUUUGAUAUAGGAGGCAGUUGUACCUUUUAUGGUGUAUUUGAUUCCUGACAGUUGGUUUGUGAGAUUUUUUCCUCCAGAUUUUUAAAAGAUUUUCUCCUCAGCCUUAUUUUGUUUUCUCGCUUUGGGUUAGUUUUAGAUUUCAUUUGCCGCCUUAUUUUUUCUUUUCUGUAUUUUCCCCCCGAUCGAUGCACUUUUUAAAUUUAAAUUAUGAAUAACAUUUGAAGGGGGGGGGAAAUAUUAAUCUUAAUUCACAGAAAUACCUAACACCCAGUGAGAUGAACAGACGCAAAAUUACCAGUCGAUUCACAGAAGUGCAUAAUACUCGGUGAGAUGAGCCAUUUAUAAAUGAUCGUAUAAGUAUCAUUUGUCUCUGUAUUCUGUGUAAUAAACAUAUGCAUUUGACCCAA